AUAAACUAAGAUUUUUAUACGCUGUCAAUGAGUGAUAUGCAAAUUUCUUGGUAUUUAUUUUUCAAUUACGAGGUCAUGCAAUAAGUACGAAAUAAGUUUAUUCUUUUAUCAACUGUUUAGACUUGAUUUUAUAGUACUAUCUAGUUUUAACCUAGUCUAUUUUCAACCACUUUUUAGGUCUUGGGAUGCAGUGCAGUUUAUAACUGCAGUCUCGACUAGAGAUUGUGCGAACCAUUGUUUACUUUGUGAAUAAACAAUAGCAGGGAUAUGUAUAUUUACAUAAUUAAGGGGUUGGCGCGAACCCCAAAGUAAAACAAGCAACAAAAAAAAAUGUUACAAAAAGGCGCCAACACUCUACUUAAAACCGUGACUCAGUAGAAUUCUUAGUACUUAGCUCAGCAGAUCUUUUGUUCAUUAUUGUUUGAAGAACGUGUUUCGGGUUUAUGAUACGGGAUUAUGACGUAGCAGAUGACUGGCUAUAAAAUCCAAAGAGCUGAAUGUUGGCCUCAUUGCAAGCUGAAUUCAACUGAAAAACACAACAUGGAAAACUUAGCAAUCGACCCAGAGGUGACCGAUCUUAUUUCGCAGURGAUUGAAGAGGCAACGGCGAGUAAAAAGGUCGAUGAAAUGAAGUGUUUUGCAUGCGGGAAGACGUUUACACAUCGCAGAAGUUUGUUAAGGCAUCAUCGGGAAAGACACAACGACACUACUGAAAAGUUUCCUUGCCCCAACUGCGAGAAGAAAUUUUCGAGGGCAUAUGAUUUGAGAAGGCACGAAAAAAAUUGUAAUGGUGGCUCCUCAAAGAGAAAGCUAAAAGAUAAAGAAAACUCUCUGCCCUUGAAAAAGCAGAAAAUKUCUGACCAAGAGAUAAUUGAAUAUGAGUUGGUCAAUAUUCCACCUCAGAUGCUGGAGGAGUACGAUGGGGAGAUCUUGGGAGAUGAAAAAGAGCUUCAGACUGUAAACCAAGAAGGUGGUGGGGAGGCAAAGGAGUGUGCCAUAAAAGAGAAAGCCACCAUCUUCAAGUACGACCCCAAUCGGAAAGAAAAGAAUGAUCUCCUCCAAACCUUUCGGGGAAAAAGGGGCAUGGUUAUGAAGCGACUCCAAAAACAACUUCAACUGCAUAAAGGAAUAAAGUGGUAUCUUUGCUCGAAAGUACGACUUGUAAAAUCWAACCCCGAUGGUGAAGAUCARGUGUCGACCCCGCAUUUUCGCAGUGUUUGCAUGACCACCACCAACCCUUCCGAACUCAAAAAACAGUACAACGAUGCGGUGGAGAAAGUAAAGAAAUCUUUCUURGAGUAUCAAAAGGAAGGAUCUGGGUGGCAACUCGAUGAAGUCUUACACUUGGAUUUAGGGAUUGUUCCCUACGCCCCUCUGAAAGGAGCAACCUAUCUUCCCCUUCCCAAAAGGCUCAAAGACAAAAAGGCAGUCCUCAACAUCCAAAACGAUGAUGAAAAAUGCUUCCUAUGGUCUAUCUUGGCUGCAAAGUAUUCCGUUCAUUGGAAAGGUCAGCCUCA